UGAGGCCUCAGAAGAAAUAAAAGAAUGCAGACGAAAUUUGACUGAAUUUGACUGCAGAGAAUCCCCUGACCAGCAUAGUGACACACAGACUAUGCAUAUUUUCACAAUAAACCAAGAGCAACCUAGCUAUCCUCUUUUCUAUCAUGUGAAUAAUGAAAAACAGUUGAUGGUCAAACUGUUUAAACCCACUCCUCAUAAAAUACAAAUAGAAACAGAUGGCUGCAAACAAUCGGGCACUGUAAAAGGACGAACCAUCAGAUGUAAAGAUCCAAAUCAAUGCCAGUCAAAGAUCAAGUUUAUUUGCAGCUACAAAGAUUUAAUCUGUGAAAGAUUUUCCACACAAUCACACAACUGCAGUCUUAAAGCACCUGCAGACAAAGCUGGCAUCAUUCUAAGUGUUCCAGAUGUCACAACUUUCACAAAAUCAACAAAUGUCGGCGAGAAAUUAACCUAUUAUUGCAAGUAUAAUAAGGAUGUCAACCCUUCUUAUCUAUUCAUCUGUAAGGGAGAAGAUCCAACAAAAUGUCAGUUUGUUGGAAAUGCUAAAAACACAGCUAAAAACACAAAGCUUAAAAUGAAGACCGAUAAAGACAAGCAUAACACCACUAUAAUUAUGAAAGAAGUAAAAGCCAAUGAUUCUGGUACAUACUGGUGUGGAGCAGAAAAUCGUCAGCUGAAAAGCCAAAUAUUCAUAUCCAGAUGCUUCUUGAAUGUAGUCCCAACACCCACAUCUCCUGCUCUUUCAACUGCAUCUCCAAAUGUUUUGGGUGGCUUGAGUCCAGUGGUGAUACCAUUAAUCAUCAUUGGAGCAGUUGGGCUGUUGCUGAUUCUGUUGGCGAUAGUUAUAUUUGCUCUCUACAAACGAUGUGUUCAUUCAGAAAAAGCAGACAGAUCAGCAGAACAACAUCCUAAAGAGGACUACAUAUAUGAAGAGAUACCAGAUGUUCCGCAGACACAAUUGAUGAGUGUUUAUGCCACAGCCAAAUUUCCCACCGACGACCCAGCUUCUUUGCAAUAUUCUACAAUGGUUUUUCAAACCACCGAACAAGCUGAUGGAGAAGCUCUGACCAUGAAACCCUCCUCAUCGUCCUGUCAGUAUUCUGUCGUAAAGUACAGUCAAAGUUCAACUUCUCUGACUGAUCCACCAACCACAUCAACAGCUGAACCACUUUACUCAGUGGUCCAGAAGCCACAAUAGAAAACUAAACAAAUAAGUAAAAAACUGUCCAUAAAAAGCUUAACUUGGUCAGGCCACACUUCUUAGACAUGUUUAAGCUGGAAUCAAUUGGUUUUAAAAUAUGAUACCUGACAACACCUUAGUGAUAUGCAUAUACA